AUGGGGCAUCAUACCAUGCCUCUCCCUCGCAUCCCAGACCUGAGUCUCCCAUCUUUUCGAGAGCUCGACGAGUCUGUCGAAGCCAACAGGUGCAACCAACCGAGCAUGCACCUUUCUGACAAUAUGUACGAUGGAACAGGCAACAGUUCGUCUUUGCCGCAGAAAGUCAAUACCAUUCCCAACCAGUACCCACCCUAUCCAGCUAAUGGAUGGCUUGUCCCGCCCGACCCCAGCCAGAAUGCGUUUCGAGAGCCCGGAUUUACCUACCAAGACCAGGUCUCUGCCGGAGGAUGUCAACCCAAUGUGAACGUGAACAGAGAGAACCAUCUCACCCCUCAACUCACUCUACGCGUGAAGGAAACCCAGCCAAUUCAGGCAUCACCAACCCCCACUCAGUCGACUUUGAGCUCUGCGCAGACGACACUCCGCGAGCCGCUAUCUCCAAGCACCCAGGUGCCAUCAACCCCGGAGAAGAUCUCCCCCAACCCGCCUCGACCAAUCUUAACGAAUCGGGUACCACCGAACAAGCAGGUCCAGCGCCAAAGGGUCAACCACAAUGCAGCCGCAAGCCACCGAGCCCAGAAACGGCGUGUCGGCGUUCACUUCUCAGAGGUGGCAGCCCACACCGCGAAGUGCGAUGUAUGCAACAAGCGCAACAAGAACGGCAUGUCUCGCUGCCAGAACUGUGGCUGGCAAGUCUGCCGCAAGUGUCUGACCGAUCGAAACGGAGACAGAACACACGCUUCCUUUGGAGCUACUCAUGUCCCCGAGGGCGGCGGCGAUAUGCCGGUGUCUAGGCCAUCCGUUGAUGGGAAUCAAGACCGCCGAACCUCUGAGUCGAUUGCUGAUGUGAGGGCUGCGCAAACCCUGUUGGAUCUUGGAUCUUUCGGUAACGCAACCGGAGCUCCCAGUACCACUGGCAAUGUGAAAGAUAAUGCAGGUGGACAGAAAGGGGCCCCCGUACGUGGCCGGGUCUUGCCAAAGCAGGUCGAUGCUUUGUCUACUGAUUCUGAUAUGACGGUGUCGGUUGUUGGAGAUGAGGAGUGGCCUCAGAAUGAGCCUGAUAUCCCUAUUGGUGAGGAUGGUCUGCCCGCUGGAUACAUCAUAACACGCCGCAACCCUGCGCGUGCUGCGAGACCUUCUACGAAGAUGGCGGAGUAA